AUGACUGAACCUAACAAUUCGGUUCUAGUACUGAUCUGCAUCCUCUUUGUGUCCACUGCUUCAUUUGUUUACUUUUGCCGGAAAAAAUCCAGGUCACACCGGCUUCCUCCAGGACCCUCCGGAUGGCCGAUAUUUGGCAACAUGUUCAAUCUCGGGAAGAUGCCUCAUCAAACACUGGCCAGCCUCCGCGAAAAGUAUGGCCCGGUAAUUUGGCUUAGACUAGGCUCCAUAGACACCAUGGUGAUUCUCUCAAGCAGAGUUGCAGCCGACUUCUUCAAGAACCAAGACCUCAAUUUUGCGGAGCGAACCAUCACUGAUCUCAUGCGAUCUCACGACUACUACAAGGGAUCCAUUGCCCUAGCCCCAUACGGCACAUAUUGGCGAGUGUCGAGGCGGCUGCUGACAGUGGACAUGCUAGUCACCAAGCGGCUGAAUGAAACAGCUCCAAUCCGGAGAAAGUGUGUCGACAAAAUGUUGACAUGGAUCGGGGAGGCGGCGUCCGUGGAUAAGGUCCGACCUGGAGAAGGUAUUCAUCUCGCACGCUUCGUGUUCCUCAUGGCAUUCAAUUUGCUAGGGAAUCUCAUGUUGUCCCGAGAUUUGCUCGAUCCGGACUCAAAGGUUGGAUCGGAGUUCUUCAUGGCAAUGACCGGAUUGAUGGAGUGGUCAGGUCAUGUGACCAUCGCAGACCUAUUCCCGUGGCUGUGGUGGUUGGACCCACAAGGGCUGAGGAGGAAGAUGGAUCGGGAUAUGGGGAAGGCCAUGAGGAUUGCUUCGGAUUUUGUGAGGGAGAGGAUUGAGGAGAAGAAAAUCGGGGGACACGAUGAUCAGAGGGAUUUUAUGGAUGUGUUGCUUGAGUUCAAAGGAAACGGUAAGGACGAGCCGGCCAAGCUUUCUGAGAAGCAAAUCAAAACUUUAAUACUGGAAAUAUUCUUGGCCGGUGCAGAAACAUCGAGCAGCACUGUCGAAUGGGCACUGACAGAACUCUUACGGGACCCGGACUCCAUGGUCAAGGUCCAAGCAGAGUUGUCCCAGGUUGUCGGGUCCAAUCGAAAGGUCCAGGAAACUGAUAUAGACCAGCUCCCCUACCUGCAAGCAGUUGUAAAGGAGACACUCAGGCUCCACCCACCAAUCCCAUUCCUCGUGCCACGGAGGGCCAUGGGCAACACCGUUUUCAUGGGCUACGACAUACCUGAAAACACGCAGGUCUUUGUGAAUACCUGGGCAAUUGGUAGGGACCCGGAUGUCUGGGAAGACCCUAUGGCUUUUAAGCCUGAGAGGUUCAUUGGAUCGAAUUUGGAUUAUAAGGGUCAACACUACGGGUUCAUUCCAUUUGGAUCGGGUCGAAGGAUGUGUGCCGGCAUACCCUUGGCACAUCGCGUGCUUCAUCUGGCUUUGAGCUCGCUGCUUCAUGAGUUCAAUUGGGAGUUUGAUGGCCGCAUUGAUGCAAAGACGAUUGACAUGAGAGAUAGGGUGGGGGUGACCAUGAGAAAGUAUGUCCCCCUGCUGGUGGUGCCCAAAAGAAGAGCAAUGUGAGACUGGGUUCAGCUCGGAAU